AUGAAAAGGAAGUUGCAAUCAAUGAUGAUAAGUAAUUCAUCAACAGAAAUAGCUAUUCAAGAAAGUGCACAAAAUUCUAGUUUCGAUGUUGAGGCAGAUAGUACUUUUUUAUUGAUAAAUAAUCAAAAUUCUAAUGAUUCUGGUGAUCUCAUAUUCAUAUCUUCAAGCCCCAAAGGAAAAAAAGAAUCAAUACAACAUGCUAACUCUCUUUCAGAUGAAUAUUCUAAUUCCGAUGAAGAAAAUGAUGAGCAGAAGUUUGAUGCAGCUUUAGCUUUAUUGCAUGAGGCCAGGCAUAGUUCCCUGCAAAGUAUUAAUGAAGCAUUGGACCAAUCAUUAGUCACCAAUAAUGUUCAAGAAAAUACUACAAGUGAUGGGCUUCAAAGUUCUAAUAAGAUGAUAAACCUUUCACAAACAUCAAAUGAUCCAGAGUUUGGUAAAGAAAUAGAAUACAAGCAUACUAAUAUGAAUCAACAAGAAACUAAAAAAAGAGAAAAGAGAACACCCAAAACUUUUGUGUCUCAAGACCCAACAAAAAUAUUUGAAAUAUACUCUCAGCCUGUCAACAAAUAUUUCAAUGAAGCCUCAAUAUUAUUAUUAGAAACAGAACCAUUGCCAGUACUAAUGGAAGAUGUUAAUGGUUGCACUGCUUAUCUUUGA